GUCCCCUUUCACAGUGUGGAAGCUUGGUUCUUUUGCUCUUUGCAAUAAAUCUUGCUACUGCUCACUCUUUGGGUCCACGCUGCUUUUAUGAGCUGUAACACUCACUGUGAAGGUCUGCAGCUUCACUCUUGAGCCCAGCGAGACCAAGAGCCCACUGGGAGGAAGGAAAAACUCCGGACGCGCUGCCUUAAGAGCUAUAACACUCACCGUGAAGGUCUGCAGCUUCACUCCUGAGCCAGCGAGACCACGAACCCACCAGAAGGAAGAAACUCCGAACACAUCUGAACAUCAGAAGGGACAGACUCCAGACGCGCCACCUUAAGAGCUGUUAACACUCACCGCGAGGGUCCGCGGCUUCAUUCUUGAAGUCAGUAAGACCAAGAACCCACCAAUUCCGGACACAUUACUGCACGCCAGACUGGGCUCUGUCUCUAAAAAUAAAAAAAUUAUACUUUUAUAAACUCUUUCCUUGAAGGGUUAAAUGCAUAUGAGGAAGCGGCACAUGGACUUCCUUGGCGCUACCCCCACCCUCCCUUUCUACGUUGUGUCCAUACCAAAUUUUGUGAUUUAUCACUAAGUACAAAUUAUUAGUUAAGUGCUAUAAAGAUUCUUUUGAAAUACCUUUUGGGAAUGAUAUAGAAUUUAAGAGCAUAAAACUAGACAACUGGCAUUUCUUUUUGCUUGCUUUGGAACUCAUAUUCCUAUUGGAGUUCUCAAUUAGGCAGUUUGCGAAUGAAAAUUUCUAAAUCUUGGGCUAAAGCCUGUUUUGGUAACAACUUUAUAGUCCUUAUUUGAAUUACAUUAGUAGGCAUGUGUACAACCUGUAACUUCUGAGAUAUUUGGCCCUUGAGACUUCUAGCGGCAUUAAAAAUAUGACAGGUUCUAGGCUCUCGGUACUUACACACUUUUCUCUUUUGUUUUGACAAGGCUGCUAAGAGAACACUGCAAUCUUUGGGUAGUUCACCCGUUUUCUUUACUGUGCAAGGUUCAUAAAGGCAGGCACUAUAUCUGUCAUGUUUGUCACUAUAUCUCCCAUGCCAACCACAGUGUGUACUUCACAUAAUGAGCAUUUCAAAGGCACAACAUUUGGUAAAGAGAUAUGAAUGAAGGUCUUACACUGAAGCGGUGGGGAACAGUAGAACCAGCGUAAGCAUUAGAUCUGGGUUCAAAUUCCAGUUUUGCUCAUUAUGUGAUCUACAGCAAGUUGCUUGACAAACUUUAAUUUUUACUUUUUUGUAAAAUGGGAAUAAUACCUAUUAUAUAAGGAUUAUAAGAAUCUAUAAUCAUUUAUUAAAACUAAGGAGUGUUUAGUGUUUUCUUGGUAAUGUGUUUCAAAAUAUGGGCUUUAAAAAUUGAGUGAAAUACAAUUCCUGUCCUUAAUAAAUUUCCACAUACGAUAGUAAGACAAAUAAAAAAAUAUUAUGGAAAUUUUAUGGGUUUUCAAGGUCGGGAGUGAUGAUGUGUUUGAGGGAAUUAGGAAAGGAGGUGGUAUAUGAAAAAGUCCUUAAGGGGUAUUUAGGAUCUCAGCAGUUAAAAUGGGUAGGCAUAUCCAAGGUAAACAAAGAGAACAUAAGCAGGGAGGUAAAAAGGUACUGAGUGUGACUGAAGAAGGGCCAGUUACUCCUGGCUGAACUGUAAGGUUCGCACAGGAAAGUAGAGAUACGUCAGAAAUGUGUGGUGGGGCCAUAUUAGUGGUGACAGGUUCUUUCUUUAAUCCGGUAGACAAUGAGAAACGCUGAUUUGGGUCUAUGGCAUAAUAGGAAGUAGUAUGCCACAUACUGCAUGUGGGAGUUGUGCAGGACAGAUUGGAAAGUGCAUGAGUGUAAGACUGGGAAGACCAGUUAGGAGAGGCUAUUGCACUGUUUUAAGUAAGAGAUAAUAAAGUCCUGCACCAGGCGGAGAGCAGAAGGAACGCACAGAAGACGCAGGAGAGGCACAUUUCAGAGAGAAUCCAGUAUGCAAUGGAUGUCGCACACAAGAGAGAGACGCAGGAUCCAAGGAUUCUGUAGCUACAAUGUUGUCAAGACUUUUUCGAAUGCAUGGCCUCUUUGUGGCCUCCCAUCCCUGGGAAGUCAUAGUGGGGACAGUGACACUGACCAUCUGCAUGAUGUCCAUGAACAUGUUUACUGGUAACAAUAAGAUCUGUGGUUGGAAUUAUGAAUGUCCAAAGUUUGAAGAGGAUGUUUUGAGCAGUGACAUUAUAAUUCUGACAAUAACACGAUGCAUAGCAAUCCUGUAUAUUUACUUCCAGUUCCAGAAUUUACGUCAGCUUGGAUCAAAAUAUAUUUUGGGUAUUGCUGGCCUCUUCACAAUUUUCUCAAGUUUUGUAUUCAGUACAGUUGUCAUUCACUUCUUAGACAAAGAAUUGACAGGCUUAAAUGAAGCUUUGCCCUUUUUCCUACUUUUGAUUGACCUUUCCAGAGCAAGCACAUUAGCAAAGUUUGCCCUCAGUUCCAACUCACAGGAUGAAGUAAGGGAAAAUAUUGCUCGUGGAAUGGCAAUUUUAGGUCCUACGUUUACCCUUGAUGCUCUUGUUGAAUGUCUUGUGAUUGGAGUUGGUACCAUGUCAGGGGUACGUCAGCUUGAAAUUAUGUGCUGCUUUGGCUGCAUGUCAGUUCUUGCCAACUACUUCGUGUUCAUGACUUUCUUCCCAGCUUGUGUGUCCUUGGUAUUAGAGCUUUCUCGGGAAAGCCGCGAGGGUCGUCCAAUUUGGCAGCUCAGCCAUUUUGCCCGAGUUUUAGAAGAAGAAGAAAAUAAGCCAAAUCCUGUAACUCAGAGGGUCAAGAUGAUUAUGUCUCUAGGCUUGGUUCUUGUUCAUGCUCACAGUCGCUGGAUAGCUGAUCCUUCUCCUCAAAACAGUACAGCAGAUACUUCUAAGGUUUCAUUAGGACUGGAUGAAAAUGUGUCCAAGAGAAUUGAACCAAGUGUUUCCCUCUGGCAGUUUUAUCUCUCUAAAAUGAUCAGCAUGGAUAUUGAACAAGUUAUUACCCUAAGUUUAGCUCUCCUUCUGGCUGUCAAGUACAUCUUCUUUGAACAAACAGAGACAGAAUCUACACUCUCAUUAAAAAACCCUAUCACAUCUCCUGUAGUGACACAAAAGAAAGUCCCAGACAAUUGUUGUAGACGUGAACCUAUGCUGGUCAGAAAUAACCAGAAAUGUGAUUCAGUAGAGGAAGAGACAGGGAUAAACCGAGAAAGAAAAGUUGAGGUUAUAAAACCCUUAGUGGCUGAAACAGAUACCCCAAACAGAGCUACAUUUGUGGUUGGUAACUCCUCCUUACUCGAUACUUCAUCAGUACUGGUGACACAGGAACCUGAAAUUGAACUUCCCAGGGAACCUCGGCCUAAUGAAGAAUGUCUACAGAUACUUGGGAAUGCAGAGAAAGGUGCAAAAUUCCUUAGUGAUGCUGAGAUCAUCCAGUUAGUCAAUGCUAAGCAUAUCCCAGCCUACAAGUUGGAAACUCUGAUGGAAACUCAUGAGCGUGGUGUAUCUAUUCGCCGACAGUUACUUUCCAAAAAGCUUUCAGAACCUUCUUCUCUCCGGUACCUACCUUACAGGGAUUAUAAUUACUCCUUGGUGAUGGGAGCUUGUUGUGAGAAUGUUAUUGGAUAUAUGCCCAUCCCUGUUGGAGUGGCAGGACCCCUUUGCUUGGAUGGAAAAGAAUUUCAGGUUCCAAUGGCAACAACAGAAGGUUGUCUUGUGGCCAGCACCAAUAGAGGCUGCAGAGCAAUAGGUCUUGGUGGAGGUGCCAGCAGCCGAGUCCUUGCAGAUGGGAUGACUCGUGGCCCAGUUGUGCGUCUUCCACGUGCUUGUGACUCUGCAGAAGUGAAAGCCUGGCUCGAGACAUCUGAAGGGUUCGCAGUGAUAAAGGAGGCAUUUGACAGCACUAGCAGAUUUGCACGUCUACAGAAACUUCAUACAAGUAUAGCUGGACGCAACCUUUAUAUCCGUUUCCAGUCCAGGUCAGGGGAUGCCAUGGGGAUGAACAUGAUUUCAAAGGGUACAGAGAAAGCACUUUCAAAACUUCACGAGUAUUUCCCUGAAAUGCAGAUUCUAGCCGUUAGUGGUAACUAUUGUACUGACAAGAAACCUGCUGCUAUAAAUUGGAUAGAGGGAAGAGGAAAAUCUGUUGUUUGUGAAGCUGUCAUUCCAGCCAAGGUUGUCAGAGAAGUAUUAAAGACUACCACAGAGGCUAUGAUUGAGGUCAACAUUAACAAGAAUUUAGUGGGCUCUGCCAUGGCUGGGAGCAUAGGAGGCUACAACGCCCAUGCAGCAAACAUUGUCACCGCCAUCUACAUUGCCUGUGGACAGGAUGCAGCACAGAAUGUUGGUAGUUCAAACUGUAUUACUUUAAUGGAAGCAAGUGGUCCCACAAAUGAAGAUUUAUAUAUCAGCUGCACCAUGCCAUCUAUAGAGAUAGGAACGGUGGGUGGUGGGACCAACCUACUACCUCAGCAAGCCUGUUUGCAGAUGCUAGGUGUUCAAGGAGCAUGCAAAGAUAAUCCUGGGGAAAAUGCCCGGCAGCUUGCCCGAAUUGUGUGUGGGACCGUAAUGGCUGGGGAAUUGUCACUUAUGGCAGCAUUGGCAGCAGGACAUCUUGUCAAAAGUCACAUGAUUCACAACAGGUCGAAGAUCAAUUUACAAGACCUCCAAGGAGCUUGCACCAAGAAGACAGCCUGAAUAGCCCGACAGUUCUGAACUGGAACAUGGGCAUUGGGUUCUGAAGGACUAACAUAAAAUCUGUGAAUUAAAAAAGCUCAAUGCAAUGUCUUGUGGAGGAUGAAUAGAUGUGAUCACUGAGACAGCCACUUGGUUUUUGGCUCUUUCAGAGAGGUCUCAGGUUCUUUCCAUGCAGACUCCUCAGAUCCGAACAGUUUAGUGCUUUACAUGCUGUGCUCUUUGAAGAGAUUUCAACAAGAAUAUUGUAUGUUAAAGCAUCAGAGAUGGUAAUCUACAGCUCACCUCUGAAGGCAAAUACAAGCUGGGAAAAAAGUUUUGAUGAAAUUCUUGAAGUUCAUGGUGAUCAGUGCAAUUGACCUUCUCCCUCACCCCUGCCAGUUGAAAAUGGAUUUUUAAAUUAUACUGUAGCUGAUGAAACUCCUGAUUUUGUAGUUAAUUUAUUAAGUCUGGGAUGUAGAACUUCAAGAAGUAAGAGCUAAGUUCUAAGUUCAUAUUUGUAAAUUAAUACUUCAUUUGGUGCUGGUCUAUUUUGAUUUUGGGGGGUAAUCAGCAUUAUUCUUCAGAAGGGGACCUGUUUCUUCAAGGGAAGAAACACUCUUAUUCCCAAACUACAGAAUAAUGUGUUAAACGUGCUAAAUAGUUCUAUCAGGAAAAACAAAUCACUGUAUUUAUCUCCGCAGGCUAUUUGUUCAGAGAGGCCUUUUGUUUAAAUGUUUAAAUAUAAAUGUUUGUCUAGAUUGGCUAUAACAUGUCUUUCAGCAUUAGGCUUUUAAGAAACAGGGUUUUGUAUUCUUUACUAAAGACAUCAGAGCUCUUAAUGUUGCUUAGAUGAGGGUGACUGUCAAGCACAAGCAAGACUGGGACCUUAGAAAUCAUUGUAGAAACACAGUUUUGAAAGAAAAAUACCAUGUCUCUAAGCCAACUUUAAUUGCUUAAAAGACAUUUUUAUUUAGUUGAAAAAUCUAGUUUUUUUUUGUAAACUGUAUCAAAUCUGUAUAUGUUGUAAUAAAGCUUAUGCUAGUUUAUUGGAAGUGUUCAAGAAAUAAAAAUCAACUUGUAUACUGAUAAAAUACUCUAGCUUGGGCCAGAGAAGAUAAUAUUCUUUAAUGUUGUCCAGGAAACCCUGGCUUGCUUGCCGAGCCUAAUGAAAGGGAAAGUCAGCUUUCAGAGCCAGUGAAGGAGCCACGUGAAUGGCCCUAGAACUGUGCCUAGUUCCUGUGGCCAGGAGGUUGGUGACUGAAACAUUCACACAGGGCUCUUUGAUGGACCCACUAACGCUCUUAGCUUCCUCAGGGGGUCAGCAGAGUUAUUGAAUCUUAAUUUUUUUUAAUGUACAAGUUUUGUAUAAAUAAUAAAGAACUCCUUAUUUUGUAUUACAUCUAAUGCUUCAAGUGUUGGUCUUGGAAAGCUGAUGAUGUCUCUUGUAGAAGAUGGACUCUGAAAAACAUUCCAGGAAACCAUGGCAGCAUGGAGAGCCUCUUAGUGAUUGUGUCUGCAUUGUUAUUGUGGAAGAUUUACCUUUUCUGUUGUACGUAAAGCUUAAAUUGCUUUUGUUGUGACUUUUUAGCCAGUGACUUUUUCUGAGCUUUUCAUGGAAGUGGCAGUGAAAAAUAUGUUGAGUGUUCAUUUUAGUGACUGUAAUUAAUAUCUUGCUGGAUUAAUGUUUUGUACAAUUACUAAAUUGUAUACAUUUUGUUAUAGAAUACUUUUUUCUAGUUUCAGUAAAUAAUGAAAAGGAAGUUAAUACCAA